UCAAUGUCUGUAUAUCGAGAUGAAAGCAUAUUAAAAGGACUUCUUCAGGGUAAAACAAUAGAAUAAGGGGCCGAAUUACAUUUAUUCAUAUUGGUUGAAUAAAAUGUGAGGAAGAUCAUUCAAGUGAAUAUUAAUAAUGAUGAUUAGGAAGCAAUAAAAUAUCAAAGACAUUUCAGAAAAAAAUAACUUAAUUCUUAAGACAUUGAAUUGGCUAUCAAGGAUCAAAAUAUGCAGAAGGUAUUUUGAUAUAUAUCAUUAUAGUCUGAAAUCUUUGGAUUUUAAUAUAUGGAUAGUAUUAAUUUAUCCAAAAGAAUGGAUGAAUAUGUACUCAAUGAUCAAGUAUAGAAUCUCAUUAUAUAAGAGCUUGGAUUUAAGAGAUCUAAUUUCGCAUUAGAUGAGGACAGUUAAAAUUCCUUUAGGAUUUCCCUCUCUUUCCAUAUUUAAUGUUAUGAAAGAUUAUUAGAUGAUCAAUUCGUAGGAGACUCAAUCUAUAAGUAAAUUGCUCUUCAAUUAAUUUAAGUGUAAUACAAGGAUAUCAUAUAAACAGAGUCAUUCUAAAAUAUGGAAAACAAAAAGUCUUUUAAUAUUAUAAAGGAUAAUGUAAUAAGCAUAUUGACAGUUCAUUAAUAAACAAUAGUAAAGAAUUUUAAGGAAUUAUUUGAAAAAGAAGUAAUAAGUCUAAAAUUUAAUUUCUCAUAAGAAUUUGUUUAAUGUAAAUCUUCAUUUUAUUAUAAAGUGCUUUCUGAUUUAGAAAGCUAUAAAGAUGUAGCUUAAAUUGUUCCAUUCAUAGUCUAAUAUUUAUAUAGUUAAUAGGAUUAAGUUUAACUAUUUUAUUACAAACAUAGAUGUGUAAUAGUUGAAUGUUUGAAUAGAUUGAUAAUAAACAAUUAGAUAAAUCUAGAAUUUUAAGUAUAUGAAAUAAUUAUAAUUAAUUAAUAGUUGCAUUAAAUCAUUAAAAUUUUAGUUAAAUUUUUGACUGCAAAGAUAAUAGAAAUUAAAUUAAAAUUUUAAAUAGAACUUUAAAUAAAGACAGCAAGAUGUUUGAAUUAUUUGCUUGAUAAAUUUAAUUUGAAAUAUUAAGCAUUAAGAUAAAAUGUAGAUCGUGUUAUUUUGAAUAAAUUCGAUAGAGUUACAAGUAAAAUUGAAAAGAAAAACUCUCACAAAUCAUUAUUAAAGGCAUAUUCAAUAAUUUAAUACUUUAUUGAAUAAAAUGUUAGUGUUCAACAUCUAAAGUUUGUUGAAUAAAUGAGUCAAUUAUUAAGAAAAAUAGAAUAAGGAAGAUAAUCAAUAACAUAACAUAAUCCAGAUUAUGAUCAUUUAGCUGGAUUAAUAUCUUUAUCUUUAGGAGUAAUUUAUUUUAUUAAUUAAUUAUAGAGCAUUUUAAUUAAAAUAAUCAAUGGAUUGCAAUAUUUGUAGCCCAAUCAUGAAAACUAAAUUUUGAACAUUAUUAACAAUACAAGAUAAAUAAUGUAAGAAUUGGGAUUAUAUGAAAUGCUUGUAAUGUAAUAACAUGUUGUGGAGCAUAUGAUUUUAUGAUU